AAGAAUUUGGAAAAAGCUUUCUAUUGGCAUCAAAAAGUAGUAGAAAGUGACAAUGUUAGUCUUGAAAAUAAAAAUGAAUUUUGUAACAAAUGCAAACAACCAUAUACUGAUUACCUGUGGUGCAAACUAUGUAAUGCCAUACGAUUUCAACGAGAUUUUUUAAAGUGGACCAGCCAAAAUGAAUUUGUUGAUAAAUUUAUUCAAGAAGCACAAUUGUAUGCUAAAAAUAGUUACGAAAUUUUAGAGUGGAUACCUUAUAAUAAAUUGUCAAGUAUUAAUUAUUAUGAUAAAGGAGGAUUUAGUGCAAUUCAUAAAGCUAUCUGGUUAGAUGGACCUAUUUUUAGUUGGAAUUAUGAGAACCAACAAUGGAAUAGACAAACAACUUAUGAGGUUAUUCUUAAAACACUUAAUAAUUCAUCAAGUUCAGAUGAUAAAUUUCUGGAUGAGGUGUAG